AUGUUAUGUUUUAUACGUCUUUUUGAUAGAUCCGGAUUUAACCUCCCACCCAGAAAUUAGGUAUGUGUCUUUAAUAGACUCGGUUUAACCCUUUUCUUUGACAAAAAAAGUUAUACGUCUUUUAUAUAAAAAUGAUUUGUUUGUGAAAUCCGGUGGUGAUUUUAUUAAAUAAAAGGAAUAAAACCGAGAAAACAAAUAUAUGUUUCUAAUUUAGCAAAAAAAAAACAAAUAAAAGAAUCUAUCCGUAUGUAAAAUAUUAAUUUGUUAAAAAAACAAUUAAAAAGAAUGCGUUUUAGAUGGUCUACUCUCUCGCUAUAUAUACAUAUACAUAUGCGUGUGCUUGCAGAAACCCAAAUUGCAUGCUCCCAUUCACAGAUUCACAUACAAAGAUAUCUCAACAUUCAGACCCACAAACCAUCCAAUAGCACUUUCUACUACAUAUUUGUCUAUUUCCUCCUUCUACCAUAUAAUUCUCAUCUCCUAAAUAUCAAUAAAAUAAACAGAACCCUAAUAUGUAGUUGUUGUUUUUUAUGAACAUUUAGUUGUUAUCUCUCUCUCCGCAUCCAAAAUAAACUAGUUCAAAAUGUGGAUGAUGGGUUACAACGAAGGAGGUGCAGAUUCCUUCAACGGAGGAAGAAAACUUCGCCCUCUCAUCCCACGCCUCUCCUCUCGCCCCAGUGCCGCCGCAAACACCAACUCCGACCACCGCUUUAACAUGGUGAUGACUACAUUGACGGCUGAGCAGAACAAAAGGGAGCUCAUGAUGCUAAACUCAGAACAUCAACAUCCACCUAUGAUGGUGAGCUCACGAUGGAACCCGACACCGGAUCAGUUAAAGGCUCUUGAAGAGCUUUACCAACAAGGAACUAGAACUCCUUCUGCCGACCAUAUCCAACAAAUCACCGCGCAGCUACGUAGGUACGGAAAGAUCGAAGGCAAAAAUGUUUUCUAUUGGUUCCAAAACCACAAAGCACGUGAACGCCAAAAACGGCGACGACAAAUGGAAAAUGGCCACGACGAAUCUGUCUUUACGACAACUAGUCUUGUCUCAAAUCACGGUUUCCACAAGAAAUAUCCACCAGGUUACAAGUUUGAACAGACGAAGAACUGGAUAUGUUCGGUCGGAUGCGACACACAACCACAGAAACCUCAUGAACUUCAUCAUCAGGAGGAGCCUGUCUCCAUAGCAUUACCAACAAAGGGCAAUGGUCGUUACGUAGGAAACGAGAGACAAAGCUUUCCCGGGAGAAAUGCCAUGUCGCAGAUGAUGCAGCUUGCACCUGGACAUUACCCUUAUUCACGACAACAACAACAUCAUCAUGAACUCAUUCUCAAUUCAACUACUGUUACGUCUAGCUUCUCUGCUAGCAACAGUACUGUUUCCGCUGCUAAAGAUACCGUCACAGUUACACCUUUAUUUCUGAGGACAAGAGCAGCAACCAACACAGGAACUUGUGAUGAUAAUAAAGAUCGAGAACGUCAUGAAGAUUGCGUAAACGGUGAAUUGGAUCACCAAGAAAAGACACUAGAGCUGUUUCCACUGAGAAAAGAAGGAUUUUGUAUCAGUGGUGGAGAUGAUGGGAAAGAGAAAGAGAGUGGCAUUCACUGUUUCUAUGAGUUUCUUCCAUUGAAGAAUUAAUACCUACUUAUGAAAGCCAGUUUACAAAAAAAAAAAUAACUAAUACCUACUUGAUUUUGUUUUUCAAGAGCAACAUGUUUUUUGUGUGUUUUAAAUUAAGUAAUCAAUCAAGUUAUAGUGUGAGAAAAAGGAUUAAUUAAGUAGGGUUUUGUUUGGGAGUGAGGGUAGAGACGUGUCUUAACUCUUUAUGGUGUUGAUGUUAACAUUUCAUAGGCGUUUGCCUUUAUAUGCACUUUGGACCACUUUCUUUAAAUGUUAAAA